CGCUCCUAUCUCUCUAAGAUAAGCCCAUCCCAUGCAUUAAACUGGUGCCUCCUAUUUUACUCUACUCCCCCAUAACCACCACAAAGAAAGCACCAUGGCUUCAGUCUGCGCCUCCUCUUCUGCUAUCGCUGCUGUUGCCAGAUCUCAGAAGAGUAGGAAUGGCUUGGGUGCAACAAAGGCAACCUUCCUUGGAGGUAUAAAACUAAGGCAAAAGAAGUGGAUAGCACCUGCUGCACGCCGGGCACUUUCAGUGUCUGCUGAAGCAACAACUGAGAGGCCACUCUGGUUCCCAGGCAGCACCCCUCCUCCAUGGCUUGAUGGCAGCCUCCCAGGAGACUUUGGAUUCGAUCCUCUAGGCCUCGGAUCUGAUCCGGAGAGCUUGAGAUGGAACCAGCAAGCAGAGCUCGUACACUGCCGAUGGGCAAUGUUGGGCGCUGCUGGCAUCUUCAUCCCUGAAUUCCUUACAAAGAUUGGCAUUCUCAACACUCCUUCAUGGUACACAGCGGGAGAACUACAAUACUUCACAGACACCACCACCCUCUUUGUGAUCGAGCUCAUCUUGAUCGGUUGGGCUGAGGGGAGAAGAUGGGCUGACAUCAUCAAGCCAGGGUGUGUUAACACGGAUCCCAUCUUCCCAAACAACAAGCUCACUGGAACUGAUGUAGGAUACCCAGGUGGUUUCUGGUUUGACCCACUUGGAUGGGGAAGUGGAUCUCCUGAGAAGGUCAAGGAGCUGAGGACUAAGGAGAUCAAGAAUGGAAGGCUGGCAAUGUUGGCAGUAAUGGGAGCCUGGUUCCAAGCCAUCUACACGGGCACUGGUCCGAUUGAUAACCUCUUUGCUCACCUUGCAGACCCUGGCCAUGCGACUAUUUUUGCUGCUUUCACCCCAAAGUGAAGAAGGAUCAGAAGAGCAUUGGCUGCAGUCAGCAUGGGAAAGAUAAUGAUGUAAAUCUUUUAUGGGAAUGGAAGCUGAGCUGAAGAGAGGAGUGCAGUUAUCAUGGAUGCUUGUAUCAUUAAAAAAUAGUACUUGCUUUCUACUCAAGUGUUUAGUGUAAGAAGUGAACAGUGUACAAAUAACUUCAGAAACCUUGCAUGUGGAUUAGAACAAGUAUGACGAUCUUAACACCUAGAUGUAAAAAAUCAAGGUAUUUCA